AUGAGACCUGAAGUUUUCCAUUUAGUUUUAAUAUCAUUAGAAUUUAUAUCAAUUUUACUAUUCAGAUUGCUGAGUAAAAGAGCAAAUGAAUUAGUAAAAUGGAUGUUUGACUUCUAGGUAAAAAUAAAUAGUUGAAAAAAAAUGAAUUAAUUGAUAAUCAAGUGUAAAAGAAUUAAUAAUUGAUCCGAUUUUAUAAUAAACUCUUCAAGCAGCAUAAAAUUAAUUAUCCCAAAUGAGCAAAGCUCAUAUUUUCGAGAUUAAGGCUUAUUUUAAACCGCUUGAAUUAGUUGAGAGGAUUAUCAAUUUAACCUGCAUGUUUAUAGAAUCUAAAUUUAAGUUGUAAAAACAUAAUUGGAAUGAAUGA